AUGACUUCUACCGCUUCAUUCAACGAUACCUUUAAAGUGUCUGACAACGUUGCCGUAGUCAUCCCAGAAACUGAUGUCCAAGUAACUUAUAGGGAUUUAUCCCAUAUGGUGGGACACUUCCAAACUAUCUUUAAAAAUCCCGAAUCACCUUUAUAUUCAGAAGUGAAGAGACAAGAUACAUUGGCUAUUUCAAUUCCUAAUGGAUUGGAAUUUAUAGUUGCAUAUUUAGGUGCUACUAUGGAUGCAAAGAUUAGUGCGCCUUUAAAUCCAAAUUAUAAAGAAAACGAAUUCAAUUUCUAUUUGAAUGAUUUAAAAUCAAGAGCUGUUUGUGUACCAAAAGGUACAUUAAAGGACUCAAACUCUCAAAUUGUUAAAGCCGCCAAGAAUUUUGGGUGCUUUAUCACUGAAUUGUAUUUCAACCAAAAAAGGUUUAGAGUUGAAUAUGAAAUUUAUUCGCCAAAGGAUAACUAUAAGACAUUGAUUUAUAGUUCAUUAUCGAAACCUAAAUUUAUCAAUAACGACCCUCAACGAUUCCCGGGAUUUUCCCGCUCUACUGAUGUUGCAAUGAUCUUACAUACAAGUGGUACUACGUCUGCUCCUAAGACAGUCCCAUUGUUACAUUUAAAUAUUGUUAGGUCGACGUUAAAUAUUUCACAGUCUUACAAACUAACUGAACAAGAUCGUUCAUAUAUUGUCAUGCCGUUAUUCCACGUCCACGGCCUUAUUGGUGUUUUACUUUCUACAUUCCGUAUACAAGGUUCUGUAGUUGUCCCGCAUAGAUUCUCACCAAAGACAUUUUGGAAACAAUUCAUUACUUACAAGUGUACUUGGUUCAGUUGUGUCCCAACCAUUAGUAUGAUAAUGUUAAACGUUCCUAAACCUUCACCAAUGCCAUAUAUUAGAUUCAUUAGAUCAUGUUCUUCUGCAUUGGCUCCUGCUACUUUCCAUAGACUGGAAAGGAAUUUCCAAUGUCCUGUAUUAGAAGCAUAUGCAAUGACUGAAGCAUCCCAUCAAAUGACAUCGAAUAAUUUACCUCCUAUGAAAAGGAAACCGGGAACAGUCGGAAGGCCACAAGGUGUGGAAGUUUUCAUUUUGGAUGAUAAUGAUAAUGUGUUAGAACAAGGUAAGAUUGGCGAAGUAUCCAUUAGGGGUGAAAAUGUCACUUUAGGAUAUAAGAACAAUGAUAAAGCUAAUAAGGAAAACUUUACAGAAAGGGAGAACUUCUUUAGGACUGGUGAUCAAGGGUAUUUUGAUCCUGAAGGAUUUUUAGUACUAACUGGUCGUAUAAAGGAGUUAAUUAAUAGAGGCGGAGAAAAGAUUUCGCCAAUUGAAGUAGAUGGUGUCAUGUUAUCUAAUCCUAAAGUGGAUGAGGCAGUUAGUUUCGGUGUUCCAAAUGAAAUGUAUGGACAAGUUGUCCAUGCUGCGGUUGUGUUGAAACCAGGUGCUAAAAUGGAGCAUGAUGAAUUCAUCACCUUUUUAAGCGAUAAAUUAGCAAAAUUUAAGCUGCCAGUAAAGGUCUACUUCGUCGAUAAAUUACCAAAAACAGCUACCGGAAAGAUACAAAGAAGAAUCAUUGCUGCAACUUUUGCUAGAGCUACCAAGAACACCAGCAAAUUAUGA